CAUCCCGCCCAGACGGACAGCAUCACACCCAAUGGAGUCAAUGACCCCGGCCCGCACCAAAAGCUGGCGUUUCUUAAAACUGGUCUGCCUCCGACCUUCGCGUGUGCGACCAUCCGUCGUUUCCUGUCCCUCUCCCACCUCCUUUGCCUCACCAGUGUCCCUGACAACAUUCCUGUCUGAUCUUCAAACAACCUUCAUGCGACGGGUGCGAUAGAGCGCUGAUCCCGGACGAACAUCACGUACAACAGACUCCACCACAACGCUUCGCCAUCCCGACUUUUGCCUCAUACCCUGUGCUCAACAACGGCUUCCCGGCAAUAGGAGAUUAUUUUCCCAUCCAGAGCCCCGACGUAUCAGCCUCCAGAUCCUACAGUACCCACGAUUAUCAGACGCCGUCACCGCUGUCACCGCUCACCAUCGGUACUUACAGCGCCUGGCCAACCCAACCCAGUUCAAGCCCCACCCCUGGUUGUGCCUCUUGAUCCUGCUCGGCUGGUCUAUAGCAGAACCAAGACCCCCCCUCGUCGCACAAUUAGAAACGUCUCAAUGCCGCUCGGAUGCCCGCUGUCAUCAUAGAUCAGAUUGCUCGAACCUGGAUCUCUAGAGAACUCGCUCCGCUAUCGAGCCAGAAACGCACAAUACUGAUACCCUGCCCAGCAAGCUAGCCCGGGGGACCAACUCUGAUACAAGCCUCAACCAGCUUUCUGUGCGGCUCCAACGUCUUGCCCUCUGGGCUGGACAAGCCUGCAUUGCCAUCCAUUUCCUCCUUCUCCACCUCCCACCACUACCCCUGGUGUGCACUCUAGCCCACCGCGUCUUAUCCCGACUCUUGUCUCAAUAUAGACCUCUCGCCCUCCCCGCCCUGGCAUCGGUUGAUACUUCUUGUCCUACCUUUUGACCUUCUCUUCUUGCCUCGCCAGCGCUGCGCACUAGCCUGUCGAUAGCCUUCUUUUAAUAUCGACAUCUUCACUUCGGAACGUCUUCACUUCUUCCUUCACCCCGCAGGUCUGGUACCUAUUUCUUUCCUUCCGCCGUUGCACGGUUCACCCUCGACUGAGGAGUCUUUUUUAUCACCAUACCCGUUUUAUUCGCAAGAGAGGAUUACGAUCUCGACGACCGAUUCCCUCGUUACUUUCAUUCGCUGGUCAUUCGGGGCUUUUUGGGAUACGAGACACAGGGCAUAUCGAGGUCGCGGCAUCGACGUCACGGAGCUUCAGCAGCAACGGGCAAAAACAAAAAAAGGGAGGAAGGAUUUCAUACAACACUGAGAAAACAGAAAGAGAGAGGAAAAGAAGGUCUCAGGUCAAGACAAGCGCACCACCAUCAUAUAAUCGAUAAGGAUGGGUCGUCUUAUUAAGAACCAUUGGGCUCGGCUCAUUGUCAUGAGCGCUGCAGCUUACCAGUUCGCCGCCGCCAUCGAGGGCUUCUUCUGGCCCAAGAUAUUUUGGGACUUUUUGACCAAGACCUUGGACCCGGCCGUCAAGCCUGUACCUGUGUUACAGAUCAUCAAUCUAAUCAUGGCUCUCUUUAUGGUGGCCUUGGAGUGGCCUCUGGUAUUCAUUGCCGGCUCGUCGAUCCACCGCAGCCUGGAGUUCCGUCUUAUUGUCCUCCCUCUUACUACCCUCGCCGCAGCUCUCAUCUACCAGGGCACCAACGCCGCUCUCUAUUACCUCAUCGGACUGGUCGUCUACUUUUGGGCCUACAGCGAAGGAGAGAUUAUUUGUGCCAAGCCCUGGACACUCCCUCAAAGAGGCCGCAACGGCUCUCGUGUCUAAAUAUGGCUCGCUUUUCAAUCACAACGUAUACAACCGUCUCGACCUCGCAUGGUUUAAUGACCUGACAGAGGGACUACCGUAUACACACAAACGGAGCCAGCGCUAACCCAAACAAUCUCGGACGAAUCAACGAAACCUCACCGUUUCUUCUCUGGGCAAUAUUUAUCAAAGCUCUUAUCUUUUUUUUUUUUUUUUUUGAAAUGUUUUUUAACGACUCACAACCAAUAUCACGGCAUCUAGCAUCGGCGUUAUUCUUGACGACAACGGGUCCCUCAAUUUUUCCUAUGCACUCUCGGUCGGAAGCGACUCGGAAAGAUCCAUGGCAGUUUUUUCCUUUCCAUUUUCGGCAAUUAUUCUCGAAGUGAUCUGAGUUUGGUCGUACUUCUUCUUUGGAGCAGGUGGUAGUAGUGGCGGUGGCGUGUAGAAUGGAUGUUGGUUGUGAUGGAUGGCUUGUCCAUGUCUUGCACCAGCGGGAUCAUUGGCUUACACACGCAACCACGGGUUGUCAUCGUGUGGGUGCGCGCGUGGCUGGGCAUGGAUGGUCGGGAGCAAUACUGGAGACAGGAGGCCCCCUUGGCGGUCGCGCCUUGUGCCAGCAUGGCCCCUUUACCUUGGCUUGGAGGGGUGCAGUGUAUCAUCCCGAAGCUCGGCUCAACAUCGCUCGGUGUGGUGUGGAGCCCGGGUCUUUGGGACGGCAUGAGUUGCGAUGCAGAGAAGUCGAGAAAGAGAAACAGAAUCUGCCCGGAAUAGCCAAAGAUGCUGUCAAGAGAACGUUGUCUUGGUCUAGUAGGGCUAAACGUACCAAUGCUACAUCUAAUGUCAAGACGAAGAAAGGAAAAAAAUACAUAAAAAAAUUACACCACAACAACACA